GUCAAACAGUCUCAACGCAACAUAUCCAAAGUUUCAACAGGUGAUCUUCCAAGUGCUACCGGCACACUUACAGUUCGAAGUUUGCAGGAUUAUGAGGUGGUCAACUUUGUGGUGGUUUGCUGCGGUCCUCGCCGUCGCCUUGCUGCAGGAAAACGGGGGCGAAGCCGCCCGUACUUCCCGCAGCAACGAUAUGUUGGAACGAUUGAUCAAAUUGGACGAAAUGUACUCCGCAGUGGCAAGGCCUAGUGUGCGCAGCGGACCGACCCAAGUUGAUAGUAUGGGUCCCAAGGUACAGCGUGCCAUCAAUAUGUUAAGACUUCAGCAUCUCGACCAACUCUACGCCGACCGAGCUCGUCCCAGGUUCGGUAAGCGCAUGGACGACUCCAAUCCUCCACCGAUGGAAUACGAAGGUCAGUAUCAGAGUGAGGACGUCGGCGACUGGUUGCCCGUUCGAAGAUGAGGAAUUCUCUAUCGUAGAUUUCGCCCCUUUUCCAGCCCCCAGCCCCGUAGACAAUCACACUGACUUCUUAUCAUCAAAGCUCAUGCAGUUAACCUGUUACUUAUUGUUGCUAAUAAUUAUAUAGUCCAAAUAAAGCAUGUUCGU